CCAGGAAAUUCCCCACGGCACUUAAAGGCAGCACAAGCAUGAGAAAGAAAAGCAGCUUUAUUUGCACUUUUCCGCCAAGUUUUGCGCCACAGCCCUUGCGUUAUUUUAACAUCUCGUCGCUGUCACGAUGCGCCUCGUUGCUGUUUCUCUGAAUUAUUGAUCAUCGGAGGCCGGAGCAGAAAAACAACCUCGCGAAUUCCGUCACAGCUCAUGGCCGAGAGAGAGGCGCCCUCGUCCCGCCUGACAAUCCGCCGCUGCCACCCGCCCGCGAGGAUCCACCGGCCAACCAAGUAUCAUCCCAGCGCCAGGCCACCUUACAUGACCGGCAAGUCGGCCUAGACUGACUGGCUGCUGCAGCCUGCAUGGGACGGUGAUUCUACACUACGUGCGGGCUCCCCGGGAGUCAACGAGUGUUUUCGGGGGGGGACGUGAAGGCAGCGCCGCUAUUGAUUGGACAGUGUGGCCGUCAAUCAUCUUUGCAGCGCCCUCCCGCGUGGGUGACGUUUUCGUGCCAAAGCGGUCAGACCAGUGCCAGACGUGCACAACAAAAGACAACAAAAGCACGCGUGGGGGCCAAAAUGCGAGCACGAACCCGACACACUUCCACACAUGGACAGAAAUCGAACACGAUGACUUUUACGAGGAGAUUGUGACGAGUCGACAACAAGGAGGUUGUGUUGCGUUCGGGUGUUUCCGAACUCGACAGGCUGUCGUCCGUCUCAACAAACAUUCAGGACGCAGGUGCAAUUCCCAGGCGCAGCGUCGGCGUGGAGCUGCCACCCGCCCGAGCCCACCGGCACCACGACGGCCCUGGCUUGGAUCCUCCGGUGUCUGUUCUGCCAGCAAGUCCAGCGGAGCUGCAACCCGUCCGGCCCGGACGCCGGCGAGGAGCUGCAGCCCCCGGACAUGGUCAAGAUGACCAAGUCCAAGACCUUCCAGGCCUACCUGCCCAGCUGCCACCGCACCUACAGCUGCAUCCACUGCAGAGCGCACCUGGCCAACCACGACGAGCUCAUCUCCAAGUCAUUUCAGGGAAGCCAAGGAAGAGCAUAUCUCUUCAACUCUGUGGUGAACGUGGGCUGCGGUCCGGCUGAGGAGCGGGUUCUCCUCACGGGUCUUCACGCCGUGGCCGACAUCUACUGUGAAAACUGCAAAACUACCCUGGGCUGGAAAUAUGAGCACGCCUUUGAGAGCAGUCAGAAGUACAAAGAGGGAAAGUUCAUCAUCGAGCUGGCUCACAUGAUCAAAGACAACGGAUGGGAAUGACUCUUGGAGGCUCACUUGUUUAACGGCGACCUCCGCUUGACCCCCCCCCCCACCCCCCCAUGCCCAGGAUUGUGACAUCAUCACGCCACAGGAGGCAAAACUGCUCCGAAGCAAAUCAUUGUGUCAUUGUGGCUUACCGCAGGACAAUGAUGGACCACUUUUUUUUUAAAUUUUUUUUUUACCUUAGCCGCUAAGCGGUUAGCCUCUACGCACCAUUUUUUGUUUAGUUUUUUUAUGUAACGUGUUGCAAGCUUGGACACGGUUUUGAUGUAGCAGAGGUGAAGGAGCUAGCAUGAUUAGCAAUCUCGUAGGCUAGCAAGUUAGCGAGCUAGCGCAUGGGCACUGGAUUUUAUUUGCGAUAUUUACACCAAUCUGCUUUCUUCUUUGGUGUUUUCGUUUUCAAAUUUCAGAUCAUGUUACAAAAAUGUCAAAGCAGUAUUUAUCUACCAUAAAUAUAUUAAACGAUGCGUGUAUAAUAUAUAUACACGUAUGUGUAUAUGUAUAGAUGUUUGGGUAAUUGGAGAGUGGCUGGUCCCAUGCGAAAUUGAUUGCAGUUCCAUAGAAAGAAGCUAUUUAAUGCGUCGAUAUUAUACGUCUGUGAUACAUUUAUCAAAUGAUUUAUAUUUUAUACUCGGUCAGUGUCUUUAGCCGCCUUACUCGCGUGUGUGUUUUGCACUUUCCCGAGGCUUCAUGUCACCUUGGAGGUCAAACCACAACGUUACUCUCAUGACGUUUUCUCGCUUUUUACCGUUUCUGGGAUGAUUGACCGUAAACGUUCUACAACCUGUGGCGGUGACAUUUUUUCUUUUUUUCUUUCUCCAAAUGACCAAUGACCAACAGUUUGGAUGUUCUCAUUUCAAUAAGGACGGUAACAUUCUGUCUUUUGGAGACAGACCAGUUUGAGUGAUGAUGGAAAAUUGGAUUUUUUAUUUUCUUAGUUUUGACGCUGCUUUUGGUGAUGAGCGAUCAAUGUUUUCCGACGGCACCUUUUCUCAUUUGGCUUCUGUGACGGACGGCUUGGUUUUCAAAACAUUUUUUUUUUCAAUUUUCUGAUGAUUGGGAAAAAACUUCCAGUUCUUUCAAUUCAGAAAUAUUCUUAAUUUUCCUUUUUCUCAUUUACUUUGGGGAUGAAAUUCACCUAAGAUAUAUUGAAUAUAAUAUAUUGAAAUUCACCUAAGAUAUAUUGUUGUUCAAUUGCUCCCUUUUAAUAGUCUGCUUGAGUGAUGACAGCUGCAAACUUUUCACGUUUUAGUUUUCUGUGAGCUCUCUGUCGUUUUUCGUCAUGAUGGACAAACCUUUAGGACACUUUCCUAUUUUGCUUUUGUGAUGUUCGACAUUUGAUUGUCUUUAGUUAUGCUGUAACAUUUUAUUCAAUUCAAUUUAAUUACUUGUGUGAUGGACAAUCGCUUUAUGAUUUUUAUUUGCGCCUUUUUAUUCUUAAUGUGGACCGUUCUGACUUGUUUUCAUAGGAACAGACCAAAUCAUUUGUUUAGUUUGGGGAUAGUUCUGACUUGGCUCAUUUUACAGUUUUAAUGGUAGACAGACAUUUGUAAAAUGACUUGUGGUUUAUUUCUGGGAAGAUGGCCAUUUUUUUUUCCAUUGUAUGGUGGCAUUUUCUUUAUCUCUUUCAUGAUGUAUAGACCGGUGCAUCAUCAUACAACGGUUUGACUUUUGUGAUUAGCGACAGCUUUCAGUGCACUUUACAAUCUGUAUGAUUUGAUCGCCUUCGGCUUCCUAGCUACAACCAAUCUCACGCCUUUGCGACAAAAAAAAACUUUGUUGUGUUGUGCAGUGCAGACCCCUCUCCCACCUCCUGUUGAGUCAAAAGUAUAAAGACCCAACAUCCACUUGUGCACAUUUGGCUAGAUGAGAAGUGAUUGAUUACUUUGCCGGCGAAGGUCAGUCCACUUAUGCCGCCCUUUUUCCCCCCCUCAAAAAACAAAACUGUUUGCGUUUAGCAUUAGCAAUUCUACUCGAACGACAAAGCGCGGAGACAUUGUCCCCGUUUUCUUUUUUACACAGUGAUGUCAUAUGUAAGCUUUUUAUAAGUAUGUUUCUAUUGGCUUUUUUUCCUGUUCUGACCCCAACUUGAAGCACUUUGGUGUCUGUGCGUGUGAAGCUAGGCUACUUUUGUUUACUUUGCCUGCUAGCUUUGCUCGUUUAUUUCGUGCUGGCAUUGGAUGUCAAGGGCAAGCUGGAAACUUUGCCGUCAUCUCGCAGCAACGGCCAUUUUAAGUUUGCUUUUCUGGGGCGCACGCUUGAUUGUAUUUCCUGUUAUUUAUUCACAUCGUGCUGGCCUUAGCAGUUUAGUUCCCAAAUCAGGGCUCCCUGCUGGGGUUUUUUCCUUCUUUUCAAUCAUCCUUAAAAAAAAAGUUUUGUCAAGUUCAAGUCCUCGCGUAGAGUUGGAAGUGUCAUCGCUUCACCGUUUGCAUUUGUGACUCGGGAUUUACACGUUGAAGUCAUUUCAACGAUAGCAGCCCCACUGAGCUGGAAUGGUCCAAGGAGGCAAAACACUGCAUUCAACUUGUGAAGAAGCGUCACGCACUGGAGAAUCUCCCUCCGGCAAACUCUCUAGUGCAUUCGUUCUAAAAGUCGGAGUCCGGGACCGUCAUGUAACCGUUUGGUUUACCACAGUGGUCAAGAGAAGCGUUUGUUUGCGUUCACCUGGCAAGCCCAGCAAUGGGCGCCAUCUUGUAUAUCUGUCAUGUCUCGUUUGUGCCUGUUUACUUGCGUUUCUUCUCGGGAUGAUUCCGACACUGCUUUUGAUUUGCUUUGCAUUAUUUCACCGGUGUAAACGAUCUGAUACCACAAUAAAUUUUCAAUGCUAUUAA